AUGAAGAAACUCCUGGCCAGGGCACUUUAUGACAACCGCCCUGACUGCUCCGACGAGCUGGCUUUCUGCAGAGGGGACAUCCUGACCAUUCUGGAGCAAAAUGUGCCAGAAAGUGAGGGCUGGUGGAAGUGUUUGCUCCACGGGAGGCAAGGCCUGGCCCCUGCCAACCGCCUCCAAAUCCUCACAGAGGCUGCUGCAGACAAGCCCUGCACCACAUUCCUGCGGGGCCUGGGAGAAGCUCUCACCAGCUCAGACGAGGUCUACCAGGUGCCAACUCUGCUCCACCCACCCCCACUAGGCCCCGUCUACGAGCAGAUGAAGAGUUGGGUGGAGGAACCCCUGCCCCCCAUCGCCCAAGUCUACGAAUUCCCCGACCCACCCACCAGUGCCAGAAUCAUCUGUGAGAAGACUCUAAGCUUUCCGAAACAGGCCCUCUUCACGCUCCCCAGACCUGCUCGGGCCUCGCUGCCAACUCUGCCUUCCCAGGUAUAUGACGUGCCUGCCCAGAGCCGGGUCCCCUCAGCCCUUAAGGAGCCAGAGAAGCAGCAGUUAUACGAUAUUCCAGCCAGCCCCCAAAAGGCAGCACUCCACCCCCCGGCCAGCCAAGCAAGCGAACAGAGUGUUCUCCUUACACCAAUAAGUGCCUUAAAAAGAGGAAUCUAUACUACAUUACCAAAUCCUCAGAAAUCAGAAUGGAUUUAUGACACUCCAGUGUCUCCGGGAAAGGCCAACAUCAGAAACACAUCUCCGGCCAGCUCUGCAGAAGAAUCGGGGCUCCAUGCUGUUCCCAGUUCUGGCUCCACUUUCCACAGUCCUCCAAGUAGCAGAGACAGGUCCCUCCCUCCACAGCUGAAUGUGCCCAUGCAGAAAAAAUUCAGUCUUCCAGAAAUUCCUUCUUACAGCUUUCCAGCACAUGGGGACACAGUCCCUUUAGAUGAAGGUGUCAGCUACAAGGUUCCUUCCAGCUUCCUGAUCCCCCGAGUGGAACAGCAGAACACCAAGCCCAACAUUUACGACAUCCCCAAAGCAACGCUGAGUGGCCCUCUUGCUGGGAAAGAGCUAGGAAAAGCCAAUGAGGCUUCAGAGAAUUCCAUGGGCUCUAACUCCCCACAUUUCUCCAGACAGACAGCUUCCCUGUCUCCUGAAGAGGACAGAUUAUCUGUGUCCAGUUCUGACAGCAGAGCUAGCGUUUCUUCGUGCUCUUCCGCAUCCACUGACUCCUCCUCCAGCUCUUCCUCGGAGGAGUCAGCAAAGGAGCUCUCCUUGGACCUGGACUUGGCCAAGGGGACAGUGAGGGCUCUGCAACACAAGGUGGUCAGCUCUACGGCAGGCCUGCUGCUCUUUGUAAGCAGGAAGUGGAGGUUCAGGGACCAUCUGGAGGCCAACAUUGAUGCAAUCCACAGGGCUGCUGAUCACAUAGAAGAGUCUGUAAGAGAAUUUCUGGAUUUUGCCCGAGGAGUCCGUGGGGCUUCCUGUAACCUCACUGACAGCAACCUUCAGGCCAGAAUCUGGGAUCAGCUACAGACAAUCUCCAACUCCUACCAGAUCCUGCUUGAAACAAAGGAAAGCCUGGAUAACUGCAAUUGGUCCCUGGAAGUCCUGGUGACUGACAAAGUCCAAAACAGCCCAGAUGACCUUGAGAGGUUUGUUUUGGUGGCACGAAUGAUUCCAGAAGACAUCAAGAGAUUUGCCUCCAUUGUUAUUGCCAAUGGGAGACUCCUUUUUAAGCAGAACUAUGAAAAAGAAUCUAAGUGUGAAAAAUGCAUCCAGCCUCCCCAAAGAGAAAUUGAAUCAUACCAAAGGAGUACUCCUUUUAUUAAGCAGAGGGAAAAUGAACACUCCCCUGAACUAUUAAAGAAAAACAGGACAAAUACCUGUGGACAGAAUCCUAUCUCUCUAAUACCCCAACCUUUGAGUCAGCAGACUCCUGAGAAGAAAAUCCACCUUUCUGAACACUGCCGGCUCUAUUUUGGGGCACUCUUCAAAGCCAUCAGGGUAUUUAACAGCAGCCUCAGCAACAGCCAGCCCCCAGAGACUUUCAUCACUCAGAGCAAGCUGGUCAUCACGGUGGGGCAGAAGCUGGUGGACACGCUGUGCAAGGAGACCCAGGAGAGGGACGUGCGCAACGAGAUCCUCUGCAGCAGCAGUCACCUUUGCAGCCUGCUCAAGGACCUCGCGCUGGCCACCAAGAACGCAGUGCUCAAGUACCCAAGCCCUGCAGCCCUGGGGCACCUCCAGGCUGAGGCUGAGAAGCUGGAGCAACACACACGGCAGUUCAGAGGGACAUUGGAAUGA